AUGGGUGUUACAACUUUCAAUGAGGAAUACACUUCCCCAAUUGCUCCUGCAAGGCUUUUCAAAGCAUCCAUUGUAGAUUCCCACAAUUUGGUCCCAAAACUUAUGCCACAAGCCAUUAAGAGCAUUGAAAUCACACAGGGCAAUGGUGGAGCUGGAAGCAUUAAGCAAAUUAACUUUGUUGAAGGCAGCCACUUUGGCUCUUUGAAGUACCAAAUUGAUGAGCUCAAUGAACAGACCUACACAUAUAACUACACUCUGAUUGAAGGUGGCUCAUUGACAGAAAACCUUGAGAAAAUCACUUAUGAGGUCAAGUUUGAGCCGACUUCAGAAGGUGGAACUGUCUCCAAGGUGACUAGCAAAUACUAUACUAAAGGAGAGUUCACACUCAAAGAAGAGGACAUCAAGGCAGGCAAAAAAAAGUUGAGGGAAUGUACAAGGCUGUGGAGGCCUAUCUCCUUGAAAAUCCUGAUGCCUAUGCCUAAUCAUCUCUCAAAAUUUGGUCAUUGUAAUCUUUCAGUUUCCUUCUUGGAUUUCUGUUUCUUCUCUUGGUUUUAG